AGAGUCCACUUUCCUGCUCAAUGCUUCGCCUGUCCUUGCAACGUUUGCUGUCCGUACCGGCCCGUGGUGGAGAAUCCUGCAUAAUGCAGAGUGUAAGAGGGGUGCAGACUCCUCCAAGACUUCAAGGCAAAGUGGCACUAGUAACAGCAUCAACAGAUGGGAUCGGUUUGGCUAUUGCUCGGCAGCUUGCUCGGGAUGGAGCACAAGUUCUGAUCAGCAGCCGAAAGCAACAAAAUGUAGAUAAUGCCGUUAAAGAACUUAAAGAACAAGGACUAGAUGUUGAAGGGACAGUCUGUCAUGUGGGCCGGAGUGAGGACCGAGAAAAACUAGUGAACAUGGCAGUCCAAAAGUUUGGAGGUGUUGAUAUUCUUGUUUCUAAUGCUGCAGUUAACCCCUUUUUUGGAAAUAUCUUGGACUCUACUGAUGAGGUUUGGGAUAAGAUUCUGGAUAUAAAUGUUAAAGCCGCAUUCCUUCUGGUGAAACUUGUGGUGCCCAAAAUGCAGGAAAGAGGAGGUGGCAGUAUUGUGAUUGUUUCAUCUGUUGCUGGAUUUACACCAUUUCCUGCCCUGGGCCCUUACAGCGUCAGUAAGACUGCACUGCUUGGCCUUUCCAAAGCUCUUGCACCAGAGUUGUCACCUCUCAACAUCCGAGUGAACUGCCUUGCACCUGGGCUUAUUCGCACCAAGUUCAGUUCAGCGCUAUGGAAGAGCAAGUCUGGCUUGGAGCAACUAACAACUGCUCUAGGUAUAAGCAGGAUCGGCGAGCCAGAAGAGUGCGCUGGAAUAGUGUCUUUCCUCUGCUCUCCUGAAGCCUCAUAUAUAACCGGAGAGACAGUUGUGGUUGCGGGAGGAGGGCACUCUCGUCUAUGAAAAAAUUCAUUUAUCGUUGUGUUGCUUGCACUAUUCAGCGCGUCGCGUCCAAACAAUAAAUAUUGUAAUUUGCUACAUGUCCAUUUUUAUCAUGUAGUUGGACUCUUAGUAAUUGCAUUGUGAAAAUAAUUUUCUGAAAAUAUGGUGUCAGAGUAGCACUGAUGGAAUUAAAGAAAAACAUCAAUAGGCCAUGUUCAGCCUGCAUGUGAUUAAGCGACAAGCUGAUUUAUGUCACCAGACUUUACUUACAGAAUGUCAAUUAUGGCUGAUUAAUGUAUACUGCUGCCCACCCACAUCCUACUAAUGCUGUCACUGUUGGCCUUUGUUAAUUUACAGAAGACACACCUCAGAGGUAUGAAAUAUAUUUUCUUAUUAAUAAAACCUUUAUU